AUGAAGUUCAACCUGAUCGCCCUCUCCACCCUGCUGGCCCUGGCUGCCGCCGCCGACUCCACCACCUCCACGGCGGCCGCGGCCACCACCCUUAGCGCUGAGGCCCAGUGCGCCCAGAAGUGCGACGCUAACGACGUCUGCUGCAUUGCUCAGUGCUACCACGUCCCCUGCCCCAGCGACAACCAGGCCAACGAUACCAACAGCUGUGUGGCUGCCUGCCCCCAGGGCACUGGAUCUCCCUCCGACACCCAGAAGUAUGCCGACUGUGAGCAGAAGUGCUACAGCUCGCACUUCUUCCCUGCCACCGGUGCCGUUGCCUCGGCCACUAACUCUGCUUCGGCUGGCUCUUCGGACGCUACUGCCACUGGUAGCUCGUCUACCGAGACCGGCUCCAGCUCUAACUCCAACGGUGCCAGCAGCACCAGCGGCUCUGCCACCGGUACCUCCUCCGGUGCUAUCCAGUCCACCGGUGCCGCCGCCAACAUCCAGCUGGGUGCCUCCGGUGCUGGCCUCUUCGGCCUUGUCCUGGCUGCCUUUGCUCUGUAA